UUUUUCUACUUUUUUUUUGGAGGGGGGGGGGGAGCUUAAGUAUAAGAUUUGAAAUUGACAUUUUCCAAUUAUUAGCGCGAUGAAUCCUACUUUACGUUAUGAAGCACAACACUCGAUACCACCAAAGUCUCAAAACACCUCUGCACAAAGGAGGAGGCGUGUGUCAACAGCUCAUAUAAGAGCGAGCAAUGCUUUCAGCACGGCCCAAGCAAAUUUUGAUUAUGACUUACUAGUAUCGGAUUGCGCUAAUUUCCUCAACACUUCCAUUGUGAAUGACGCUGCCAAACGACUGGCAGAUAAUAUUUUAGCAAUAAUGGGCUCGCCGACGGCCAUGGAUGCAGAUGAAGUGAAAAGGCGUAUCGAACAAAUGUUACCAACCGAUAAGACAUUGAAAUACCAUCGCGGUAUGUCUCUCUCUGACCAGGAUUGUAUGCAUCUAUGUAAUUUAGCAGGUCGAAUAUUGGGUUCGCCUGCGUCCACUACCAAUGUUACCAUUGUUGAUGAGUCAGAUAGCGAUAGUGAUAAGCAUAAAGAUACAUAUUAUAGUAGAGUAGCGGAUGACGUUGAGUACAUACGACAUAAUAACAAGGAAGGGAGAGAAUUCACUCUUCCGAAACAGUUACCGAGUUUUAUUGAGGCCAAUAAUCGAAUCGAAGGAAAAGAUACGACUCAAUAUGAUAUGGACGUCACUCCGUAUGAUAGUGAGGAAGAUGAUGCUCUCGUUCUUAUGGUUCCAUAACAUUUCAAGCGGAGUGGCUUAUUCAAUGGACCUUUUAUGCAGUUGGCUAUGAAAAAAGUAAUUUAAAUAAAAAUCGUCCCUUU